AUGGUUCCUACUAUGGUUAAUCCUGUCGAAGUAUUUACUUCGAGUCACUGCUCCGCAUCGAACUCAUUGAUUCUUGAUGAAGUCUUCGAACAAUAUACUAAUGGCAUUCAAAUAGAGGACAAUGGCUACGUUGCUUCACAUGGUACAUCAAUGAAUGGUGGAGAAGUACGUGGUAAAAAAGAAUAUAUAUCAGGCAAACAUCAAUUGCGUUUUAAAAUUGAAAAAUCUUCUACGUUCAUCUUCAUUGGUAUUAUUUCUAAAACUACUCCAAUGAAAGAAAACUCUUACAAAUCUUUAUCAUCCUAUGGUUGGGUAUCUCAAAAUCAGUAUACCGGCGGUUUGAUCUCUAAAAAAAUUGAUGUAUUGUCUAAUUAUAAUAAUCUUGAAAAUGAUAUCAUUGAACUUGUAAUUGAUUUGACAACACGAACACUUCAUUAUACUAAUGAACGCAUGAAUCAACCACAAAAAAUGAGAGUAGAUAUAAAUAAAUGUCCAUUACCUUGGCAAAUAUUGAUAAAUCUUAGCGGCUACAAUGAUCGUAUAAGACUCAUAAGCUACAAGAACUUAUUAUAA